CAAAUCGCGAUUCGAUCAUCCACGGCCGCGCGUUGGUACAAGCGUGCACGCACACACGCACACACGCACACACGCACGCACGCACGCCCAUGACGAGUUGCGGUCGUGUGCUUCGCGAUCGACUUGUGUGACCCCGCUGCUCGUCUCCGCUGCUCCCCCUCAUUCAUUCACAUUCAACACCGGCCCAGGCGUGCCCCAUUCUGUUGCCGUCUGUGGACGACGCUCGUGUCUUUACGCCGACGACGUCAUUUCGAGCACAGCAGCAGAGCACGUUCCAUACCGCGCAAAACACCACUUGACUCUCAUCGUUCGUGACUUUACGAGCCUGCUAUCAUACCUUAGGGCAUCCAAGCGGGGCAUCACUCACUCCCGUGAUAGCUCUGCAACGACGUCACUGCUCACCUAAUCAUCUCACCCGUUCGCCUCAUGCCAUCCGACUCCACAUCACAGUCAGAGCAGGCUCACCAGCGCGGAAGCAGCAGCAAAGCCCACCAGCACCAGACUGUCGACUCGACGCUCAAUGCACAUACACUUCGUCCGCAAUCUUCCUUCACGCAACAUCAACCUCUUCAGCACACUCCUGAGUCCUCGGACUGCGCAACUCCGGACAGUCCCCGCACCUCUGCACGAAGACCUUGUCCAUUGAGUCCAGGUCGGCCAGGUAUCCCCUUUCGAUCCGAUUACAACCCUGACUUGGCAUUGGCAGCGAAUACGGCUCGUGCGAGCAGCAGCAGCGAUCUGGCAGUGUUCAGCUCGGACGAUCAGCUGGAUUUGGUACCGCGCAGGAGUGGAGGUAGCAAUUACAAGCGAGCCAGAACGGCGAGCCCUGCAACAACUGAAGAGUUGGAGGCAGAAGGAGAAACCGAAGCUGGUGCAGGAUCCGAUUUCGCAGAUUCGGAAGGGAAUAGCAUUACGAGCGGUACGGCUGCUCGAACCAGACUACCAACCCCGCUUCGGGUCGGCUUCGCCAAGCAAUCCAUCGGCUCCUUUGCUCCUUCACCAGCAUCUACUUCCCCGUUUCAUUCCUCCACUAGAAGCUCCAAUUUGGCGUCUCGCAUGUCACCGGACGAUCAACCUUCGCGCGCUCACCUUACCAGUCAGGACGUCGAAAUGGCUGACGAUCAAAGCGCACCCCUCGCAGCCCCAAGUGCACAACCUCGCAGCACACAUCCGACCAUUGAGGGUUCGCUUCCCACCUACACCGAUGCCAUGCAGCAAAGCGUCAGCUGUCACACUCCUGCAGAGCCCGGCACGCCAGCAGAAGGUACAUGCGCGGAAGAGUUGAGGAAAAUAAAAAAGUUGGUCGAAGAGCCCUUAGCGGAGGGUCAGAGAUGGUAUCUGAUCGAUGCUGCUUGGUGGGCUGCUUGGCAGGCAUAUUGCUCUGCAGAAAGCAGUGCACCCGCUCAGCCUCUAGGAGAAGCGAUCGACUCGUCUCGUGCGAGCGCCAAGCCGGGUCCUAUCUCUGCUCGCUCAUUGAUGGACAUUGAGGAGGAAUUGAAGCUGCAGCUCUUUGAGGGAAGCGAUUUUGUGCUUUUGCCCGAGACUGCCUACGCAUCUCUAUCCACCUUAUAUGGAGAAGCAGGACCGCAAGUCGUACGAGAAGUGAUCAAAGGGGCUGCUUCAGAGCUGCGCAUAGAGCUAUACCCCCCGCGCCUGUACCUAUAUCGCCUCGCCACUCCGGCAACCUUGCAGAGCUCAGCUCGCCCGCCCGUCAAGAUCACCUUGUCCGUGACGUCCAACGUCAGUCAGCUCAAAUUUGCAGCAAAGCGAGCCUUCUUGAGCGAAAACUUGCCCGAUCAUGCUGUCCGCUUUUGGCGCAUCCCUGCUAGUGCGUUCGGCAAUGCGCAGACAACUGAGCCGGUGCUGGUCGAUGCCGAGACAUUGAAGACGCCAGGCGUGGAGCUAGUGCGCGCAUCUGAAGACGCUCAGACUCGCACACGGCUCAGUCUAGCGGAGCUGCAACUGGACGAGCCUGUCAUCCACCUCGCGGUCGAGUCGCAGUCGGAGCGAGGUGCCUGGCAUUUCGGCGCAGACGGAGUUCCGGUGGCUGUUGCUCCUUCGGUCAAGAAUAUCUUUGCCCAACAGCCCAAUCAGGAUUACCUUUCGCAGAGAUUCGGUCAGUUCUCUACUUCUGGUGCGGCUGCUGCAUCCACAAGCAACACCUCUGCUCCGCCUGCGCCGCCUCCUCGACCUACGAGCUCAGCUGGGCGCGUAACUCGAUCGCAGACGGCUCAAGACAGAGCAAAUGCGGCGGGAAUCGGCUCUUAUGGUCUCACGGGUCUUUACAAUCUGGGCAACACCUGCUUUAUGGCAUCGGCGCUGCAAUGCAUGUCCAACACGAAGGAGCUGAAGGAGUAUUUUGUCCGAGGAGUGUACAAGGAAGAGAUCAACACGGACAAUCCCCUCGGCAUGGGAGGUGCGGUAGCGCGAGCCUUUGGAGAAUUAUUGCUCAAACUGUGGUCCAGCUCUCGAGGAUCUGCCGUCCACCCCCGCGAAUUCAAACAAACAUUGGCCAGAUUUGCGCCGCAAUUCUCUGGCUUUGCUCAGCAAGACACGCAGGAGCUGUUGGCCUUUUUGCUCGACGGGUUGCACGAAGAUCUCAAUAGAGUCAAGAAGAAGCCUUACAUUGAGGCGCCAGAUUGGGAAGGUGGAGAUGAAAAGGCCAUGAUCGCUUUCGCAAAGAGACAGUGGGAGAUAUACAAGAUGCGAAACGACUCGGUCAUCGUGGACUUGUUCCAGGGUCAAUACAAGAGCACGCUCGUCUGCCCAGAGUGCAGCAAGGUCUCUAUCAAGUUCGACCCGUUCAUGUACCUAACCCUUCCCAUUCCGAACCGGAAAAAGAUUAUCCGCAAAGUCUUUGUUCGGCCCUUCGCGAGCACUCGGCCGACGUAUGAGGUCGAGGUUGCUGGUCCUGCAGAAUUGACAUUUGGCCAGACGAAAACAAAGCUGGCCGAAUGGCUUGGCUUGGAUACGAAGCGGCUGUUCUGCGUGGACAUUUUCAACCAGCAAAUCUUCAACUUCAUUCCGGACUACACACCACUGAGCAGCAUCACAGAUAACGACUUCAUGACAUUCUACGAGCUUGGGGCUGAAUUCAAGCAUCCGACGCGAGAGGCGCUCGAAUCUGGUAAUGCAGGUUGGAACAAAAGCAAGGAGGCGGGUCCGGCUCCGCAAGAAGAGUACGCCACCCUCCCCGUCUUUGGUGUAGCGUCCUCGAGCGGCAGGGCGAGAUAUCCAGAUGCUGUGGGCUUGCCGCUCUUUGUCACCAUCCCGAAAGCUCACGCGAACGACGCCGACUUCAUUCGGGACGCAAUCCUGGAUCAGUAUUGCACGUAUGCCACACCAGAAGGAAGAGAUACCUUGGAGGCUCACAUGAGAUCCUCGGGCAGCCGAGAUGCUGUGACAGCGAAGCGCGAUGCUGAAGAAGCCAGCCCUUCGGACUUGCAUGAACAGCAAAUGUCAAACGCAGAGCAUGACGUUGUGCAGCAUGUCGAUCUUUCCUUGUCGCGACAAGACCCUCCAGAUCAAGUGGCAGAGAUUACUUCUGAUGGAGUUAGGAUGGUGCCUGAUUCGUCGACAAGCGCUGAAGUCACACAGGCUUCAGACCAAGACGCACCCAAUGCCCAGCGGCCCGCUCGGCGGCUCUUCAAGAUGACGUUCUCAAAUCGACUGGAGGACAAUGCUCCGAUGCCCAAGAAGCCUGGCAGUCUGGACGAUGGCGAAGAGCUCGAGGCCCGAGCCAAGCGUCUCUCGGAGCGAGUGCCCACUGCCAGCGACGUUCCUUUGGAGGAUGCAAGCGACGGAGGCGCGCCGUUCGCCAGUCGCAAGCCGGAUCCGGAAAACGAAGUUGACAGGCAGGGGACCACUUGGCCCCUUGUGUACACAGGUGGAGCAAUCGUGUGCUCAUGGCCCGAAGCAGCAUACCGCGCAGUCUUUGCGGGGGAAACGUCCAAUCAAAAGGUCCCAUGGGGACCUCACGAAACCUUCACGGACCCCAACCUCGUGGCGGAACGAGAGGCAGCUCGAGCCAACGGCGGUCCUUCAAAGCCCAAGUUGGUGACGAUCGAAGACUGCCUCGAUGAAUUUACAAAGGAAGAAAAGCUGGGCGCAGAAGACCCGUGGUAUUGCCCCUCGUGCAAAGACUUCCGCCAAGCCGCGAAGAAGUUCGACCUUUGGAAAGUCCCGGACAUUCUGGUGGUGCACCUGAAACGAUUUAGCGCAGGCCGAAUGCAGUCUCGCGACAAGAUUGAAAAUCUCAUUGACUUUCCCAUCCAGGGUCUCGACCUCACCGAACGAGUAGAGGGCGCCAUGUCGGUUCGCAAUCUGGAGGCGCGGGGAGAAGAGGUGCCGAGCGUCAUGAACAUGGCGGAGAGCAUCGAAAGCCUGGCUAGCGAUGCCAAUGACGAUGCGGUCGCAGCCGACGCGCCCAUAUACGAUCUCUACGCUGUCGACAAUCACUUUGGUGGUCUGGGAGGUGGCCACUACACUGCCUACGCCAAGAAUCCCGACGAUGGUCAAUGGCACUACUUCGACGAUUCGAGCGUCACUCCUGUCGCAGACCCAGAGUCUGUCAAGACAAAAGCCGCAUACUUGUUGUUCUAUCGAAGACGGACCACCAGACCCAUUGGCGGAAAGUCGCGCGAAAAGACCGAGAUCGCUUCUAGUCGCGCGCAAAGCGAGGCGGUUGAGGAAGUCCAUGCAGACGAAAACGAUGACGCCCUUACAGUGGUCAGCAAGGCGGCUUCAUGCGAAAAUCUGAGCCCAGCACUCCAUCACCUCCUGCGCCAGAGUACGAGCCGUGGUCUCAAGGCGGCGCAAAUAGGUCUUGGGCUCGAGCGUUGGACAACGACACGUGGAGCAAUGAGCCUGCAUCGAGUCGGAACAGCUCGCCCGCGUCUCCGAGCGCCGAUUGGGGGUCGACACUGCCAAAGCAAGGCAACGCUAUUUUGCCGCUCGGAGAUCCCAUGUCACAAAGCAUCACUCUUUCACACCCCCCAGAAGCUGAAAGUACUGCCAAGGCCGCCGUCGAGGAGCUGCCGCCCUAUACAGAUGACAUUGUCAUUCCUGCCGACGAAAAGCAAGCUUGAGGGCUACUGAGCCCUGGUUACAUGCUCCACUAGGUCUUCUCCUUCCACAUUUGCGUCACCAAGCUUCUUUAUCUUCGCGCGCAGCAUCGUCUCAUGUCACUCAGUAGAAAGCAAUCCCAAGCGACCUCUUUCGUCUCGUUCGCCUAUAUGCAUGCAAAUUUCAAGCGACU